AUAGCUUUAGCGCCCGGGCGCCGUGGAGAAAUGGCCGCGUCGGCAGAUAGAAGUAAAUCGUCCCCCACACCGAAUGGGAUUUCCUCUUCUUCAGAAACCGCCUUCGAGGCCAUGGACUCCUUCCAUGCUUGCAGUAUUCUUAAGCAACUCAAAACCAUGUAUGAUGAAGGACAGUUGACAGACAUUGUAGUGGAAGUGGAUCACGGGAAAACAUUUUCCUGUCAUAGAAAUGUGCUUGCUGCAAUCAGUCCCUACUUCAGAUCCAUGUUCACUAGCGGCCUUACAGAAAGUACUCAAAAAGAAGUUCGAAUAGUUGGCGUUGAAGCUGAAUCGAUGGAUUUAGUCUUGAACUAUGCCUACACCUCCAGAGUUGUUCUGACCGAGGCGAAUGUUCAAGCCUUGUUCACUGCAGCUAGUAUCUUCCAGAUUCCUUCCAUCCAAGACCAGUGUGCUAAAUAUAUGAUCAGCCACUUGGACCCACAAAAUUCUAUUGGGGUCUUCAUAUUUGCUGAUCAUUAUGGUCAUCAGGAACUUGGAGAUAGAUCAAAAGAAUACAUCCGUAAAAAAUUUCUGUGUGUCACCAAAGAACAGGAGUUUCUCCAUUUGACAAAAGACCAACUGAUAAGCAUACUAGACAGUGAUGAUUUAAAUGUAGAUCGAGAAGAACAUGUAUAUGAAAGCAUUGUAAGGUGGUUUGAACAUGAACAGACUGAAAGAAAAGUGCACCUUCCAGAAAUUUUUGCCAAAUGCAUACGUUUUCCUUUGAUGGAAGAUACCUUUAUAGAGAAAAUUCCACCUCAGUUUGCACAGGCUAUAUCUAAAAACUGUGUAGAAAGGGGACCAUCCAAUACCAAUGGCUGUACUCAGAGACUUGGAAUGACUGCAUCUGAAAUGAUCAUAUGUUUUGAUGCUGCCCACAAACACUCAGGAAAGAAGCAAACAGUGCCUUGUCUAGAUGUAGUCACAGGAAGAGUGUUUAAACUAUGCAAGCCGCCAAAUGAUCUAAGAGAAGUUGGGAUUCUUGUAUCACCAGACAAUGACAUUUACAUUGCAGGAGGGUACAGGCCAAGCAGCAGUGAGGUUUCCAUUGACCAUAAGGCAGAAAAUGAUUUCUGGAUGUAUGACCAUUCCACCAAUAGGUGGCUAUCCAAACCAUCCUUGCUGCGAGCCAGAAUAGGCUGCAAAUUGGUGUUUUGCUGUGGUAAGAUGUAUGCAAUAGGAGGCCGUGUUUAUGAAGGUGAUGGGAGAAACUCACUGAAGUCUGUUGAAUGCUACGACAGCAGAGAGAACUGUUGGACAACUGUUUGCGCAAUGCCUGUUGCCAUGGAGUUUCAUAAUGCUGUGGAGUACAAGGAGAAGAUCUAUGUUUUACAAGGAGAAUUUUUCCUCUUCUAUGAGCCUCAAAAAAACUACUGGGGUUUUUUAACCCCCAUGACUGUGCCUAGAAUCCAGGGCUUAGCAGCUGUAUAUAAGGAUUCUAUCUACUACAUAGCUGGAACCUGUGGAAAUCAUCAACGUAUGUUUACUGUCGAAGCCUACGACAUUGAGCUAAAUAAAUGGACUCGCAAGAAGGAUUUUCCAUGUGAUGAGUCUAUAAAUCCCUAUCUUAAACUGGUACUUUUCCAAAAUAAGCUUCAUUUAUUUGUUCGAGCUACUCAAGUGACUGUAGAAGAACAUGUCUUCAGAACCAGCAGAAAAAAUUCCCUUUAUCAAUACGAUGACAUCGCUGACCAGUGGAUAAAAGUUUAUGAAACCCCAGAUCGGCUCUGGGAUCUCGGCCGGCAUUUUGAAUGUGCCGUUGCUAAACUCUAUCCUCAGUGUCUUCAGAAAGUUCUUUAAUAGGUAGUAGGCCUUAGUGGCUUACUGGCAUCUUGUACUUGAGGAAAUUUAAUCCUCGGUGAUGCAAAACAUGCUGUCAGUAUUGAAGAAAGCUGAGAGAGUUUGUAUAUGGAAAUGGGUGCUCCUAAAGAUUAAAGAUUACAGUAUAGGAAGGGAAUUUUUUUUUCAUUCUUGUGAAGUUUUUAUUUUCAGUAAGCAAAGUUAACAAAGUGCAAUUAUCAGCAUAUUUUUCCCCUGGUAUAAAAGUAUCAGAUUAUUCUAGAAUUUUGUGGUAAAUAGUUACUGAGCUAACAGAAGAAUUGACAACUAUGCACUCUUAGAAGAGCAUUAGGGUAUGAUUGGUUAGAGAUACCCAAACUAGUUUGACGUGACUUUUUAUUUUAAAUACGGGUAAAAAUUUGAGGCAAUAUCACUAGGACUUUAGCUGUGAUCUCUCUAACAUAGGGAAGCACUACUUAGAUCCUCAUUCUUAAUAUAUAGAUAUAUAAAGAGAUAGAUAUAUAUUUGUGUACUGUUCUC